AUGUGCUCUGCCACUGAACCACCAAGCCUGAUCCGUGCUACAGGAGGACUUCUUAAAUUCCUGGAGAAGAAGAGGAUUGGCGUGGAGUUGGAACAAUCUGGUGUGAAUAGUCCGGUUCUCAACAUCAAAUCAUUCUCCCUGUCUGAUAUGGUAAGCAUUGAUAUGAAUACCUACAGCAGUCUACAGAUCUUCCAGAAAGAGAGUCAUCCAUCUGUCUAUAAGUCAGGUGGUAGUGGUUCCAAAGAGGGACUCAGUCUAUUUGGGGUCUUGAACAGAACAAGAUCAGUCAUUGGGCGUAGGCUGAUGAGACUGUGGUUCUUGCGUCCAUCUCGUAAUCUUGACCUUCUUCUGAAGCGACAGGAAGCAGUUUCUUUCUUCUUGAAUCCAAGGAAUGCAGAGGUCACUGGAUCACUUCAGAAUUGCCUCAAGAAUAUCAAAAAUGUUCCGAGAAUUUUCAAACAGAUGCAGCAAGCCCAAGCCUCCAUGACAGACUGGCAAUCCCUAUAUAAGACAGCCUACAAUGCCAUCAAUAUAGCUGAGAUUUGCCGGGCGCAGAAAGUUGAUGUGCCCAUUUUCAAAAAGAUCUCCAAAGCAUUCACCAAUGAUGUUCACCAUGUUGCUGCAGCCAUAAGUCAACUGGUUGACUUUGGAGAAUCAUUUGCGCAAAAACGAUUUGUCGUGAAACCGCAUGUUGAUGAGGAGCUUGAUCAGAGAAAGCGGACAUACAGUACUCUACCAAGCUUGAUGACGACCGUAGCAAGGGAAGAACUUGAUAGACUUGGAUCGGACGUAGAAGAAUGUUCCAUCAUAUAUGUACCUCAGCUUGGAUAUCUGUUGGCUUUACCAUGCACUAAACACAUGGCAGAAACCAAGGAUUUCACAAUUGAAGGCUUGCAAUUCAUGUUCAUGUCCAACAAUGUUGUUCAUUACAAGAGUGCAAGAACAAGAGCCCUUGACGUCAAGUUAGGCGACACCCAUUGUGACAUCACAGACCAUGAAACACAGAUCAUGCAUCAAUUACAGAAUGAUAUCCUUCGCAAGUCACAGGUCUUCUAUGCUAUCAUGGACUAUGCUGCUGAGCUAGACUGUUUGAUUGCUAUGGCCAUAGCUGCCAAAGAAGGCAACUACAUCCGGCCGGAGCUUACCCCUGGGAAUCAGUUAGACAUCAUAGGAGGCCGUCACCCCCUUCAGGAGCUCUGUGUUACCCCCUUCGUUCCCAACGACGCUCACUUUGGAGGUGACCAUACUAGGAUCAAAGUCAUUACUGGUCCCAACGCCAGCGGGAAGAGUAUCUACUUGAAACAGGUUGGUUUGAUCACAUUUAUGGCUCUGAUCGGUAGCUUUGUACCUGCGGAGAAGGCUAGUAUUGGCAUGUUGGAUGGUAUCUAUACUAGAGUUCACACACAGGAAUCUGUAUCAGUGGGACUAUCAACAUUCAUGAUAGAUCUUAACCAGCUAUCUGUAGCAAUCCGAGAUGCAACCAAGAAUUCUCUUGUGAUUGUUGAUGAGUUUGGCAAGAGUACUGAUACAGUGGAUGGUCUGUCUCUGCUGGUGGCUUGUAUCAAACAUUGGGAAGCUAAAGAAUCAGACUGUCCUUAUUCACUGGUUUCAACACACUUCCAUUCUAUCAUCAGAGAAGGUCUUCUAUCAGCAUCAAGAUAUCUCUCUUAUCAGACCAUGGAAGUACUUGAGAAUGAGGGUGAAUUGGUAUUUCUUUAUCAGCUGAUUGAUGGACAUGCUAACUACAGCCAUGCUAGCCACAUAGCACUGACCGCUGGUCUACCAGAUGAACUGGUCAAGAGGGGUGUACAGGUCUCCAAACUUCUUAGAGAGAACCAACCAAUCCUCAGAGUUGAUUCCACAAACUCUGAGAAUCAGUAUAAGAGAUACAAGGAGAUUCUAACCAAGUUCCUGGAACUAGACCUAGACUUUGACGACCUACCUGGAUUCUUGAGAGAUGAGGUUCUCCAAAGUCCAUCAUCAGCCUCUGAUAAGUCCUAAGCCAAGGGGUAUGACAAUGACAAGAUUCUGACCAAGUUCCUGGAACUAGACCUAGACUUUGACGACCUACCUGGAUUCUUGAGAGAUGAGGUUCUCGAAGUCCAUCAUCAGCAUCAAAUGA